AUGGCUGGAGAAGCUAAGAUAUCUGUCGAAGAGUUGGCUAAACACAACUCCGAGUCCAACCUCUGGGCGGCAAUCAACGGCGAUAUCUGGGAUCUGACAGCUUUCGCACCAACUCAUCCUGGCGGUAUAGAAAUUAUUCUCGAAUAUGCUGGUCAAGAUGCCUCUCGCGCAUACAACGAGGUCCAUGGUCCUUCACUUGCUGCCAAAUCCUUAUCCUCGGAGGCUUUCAAAGGAAAGCUGGAUGAAUCGACAGUAACAGAAGAAUGGAAAUCAAAGCAGGUAUCCAACCAGGAACAUACCUCACAUCCGGACGAGAAGCCAGAUUUAGGCUCAAUUCUGAACACACACGAUUUCGAAGCAGCAGCUCAAAAAGCGUUGUCGGCCAAAACGUGGGCCUUUCAAUCUGGCGCAGCGAACGACAACCUCACACAUUAUGCUAACCUCAGUUUCUACCAGCGCAUCUUCUUCCGUCCGCGCGUCAUGGUGGGUGUUGCCAAUCCCAGCACCUCAACCAAAAUUUUUGGUCGCGAGUUCUCGGUACCUUUCUUCAGCUCUCCAGCAGCUUUGGCGAAGCUUGCUCAUCCAGACGGUGAGCUAGCCAUGUACCGUGCAUGCCAUGAUCGAGGAACGACCAUCAUCGGCUGCAACAAUGCCAGCUUUUCCUUCUCCGAAAUGCGGUCAGCGGUAGAAGACCAAGAUUAUCCUCUGUUCUAUCAGCUAUAUGUAAACAAAGACCGGCAAGCUUCGGAGAAAUUGAUCAAAGAAGUUAGCAAUUUACGGCCAGUUGCGAUAAUAGUCACAGCGGAUCUUCCUGUGGUUGGAAAGCGCGAAGCAGAUGAGCGAGUUCAACUAGACUCUGGGUAUAAAGCAGCAAAACACAUGGCAGUACAAACAGUAUCAGGCGAUAAAAAGGGCUCAGGUCUGGCACGGUCGACUGGUAGUUUCAUCGACCCAGCCUUGAAUUGGGAUGACGUGGCUUGGCUGAAAUCAUUGACCGAUGCACCUAUCUUCAUCAAGGGUAUACAGAGUGCUGCAGAUGCUCGUAAGGCGCUUGAGCACGGCUGUUCUGGUAUCUACAUCUCGAACCACGGUGGAAGAGCAGCUGACACAGCACAACCAAGCAUUCUGACUCUGCUUGAAAUUCAGGCAAAUUGUCCUGAAGUACUUGAACAGCUGGAAGUCUUCAUUGACGGUGGAGUGCGAAGAGGCAGUGACAUCUUGAAGGCGAUAUGCCUGGGUGCGAGUGCUGUUUGCCUUGGCAGACCAUUCCUGUAUGCCGUUGGCUAUGGCGAGGAUGGUGUUGGUCAUCUGAUUGACAUUCUGAAAGACGAGCUUGAGACGGCUAUGCAGCAAGUGGGGAUUAAGUCACUCAGCGAGGCUCAUCCAGGCCUGCUGAACACAACCGAGCUGGACAAGUACGUGUAUCGAGGCGAUAGUCAUCCUUACGCCAGAAAGAUCGUAAGGAGGCAGAGCAAGCUAUGA